AUGCCAAACAAGCAGGCCCAGGCGAUCUUCCUCAGCCACAACUUCCACUCCAUGACACAGGGCGACUCCUCCAUCGCCGAGUACUGCCAGCACAUGAAGACCCUCGCCGACGCCCUCCGCGACGUCGGCCAUCCCGUUCAGGACUCCCAGCUUGUCCUGAAUCUCCUCCAUGGCCUCAACCCACGCUACUCCAACACUGCUGACGACAUCGCCAACUUCACCGUCAGCUUCCCCAGCUUCACCCAGCCCCGCGACAUGCUAGCCUUGAAGGAGUUCGCCUCGCCAACGAGGAGAAGCAACGGCGGCGCCUUCAACCAGAACAAGGGCGGCGACGACAAGAAGAAGUGGAACGGGAAGGGCCGUGGCGGCCGGUUCCAGCAGCCUGCUUAUGGUGGACAACAGACCGGCUAG